ACACUGUUCGAGAAGUGGUCUGAAGAACGUCGGAAGCUCGGUGUUGACGAGUGGGCACCCUUCGAGAACGAGGAGGAGUGGGAGUUGUUCAGCUGGCUGAUAAAGCACGUUGGUCAAAACGACAUAGAUGAGUUCCUGAAGCUCUCGAUUAUCAAAAAUCGGUGCAAACUGUCAGCGACAAGCAAGUACAAGUUCUUCAAGCAGGUAGACGACUUGCCGACAGGCGUCAAGUGGAAGUGCGACGACAUCACUGUAACCGGAGAUCGAGUUGGUGACGACGACAAGACAAUGACCGAGGAGCUUGAGCUGUGGAUACGAGACCCUGUCGAGUGUAUCCGUGAGCUCAUCGGAAACCCAGCAUUCCGUGAGUACAUCGCCUACGCACCUGAGCGGGUGUUUGCCGAUGAAGCUGGGACCAAUCGGAUCUUCGAUGAGAUG